GUUUAUCAUAACGCAGAGACUUUUCGCCAUGCUAGUUCUCGCGGAAUGAACGCCCUGUUACACGCCAGAACUCCCAAAUGCCAUUUCAUUUGCUGUAUGUGAUUGAAGGUCAAAGUAUAUGCCCAUAUGGCCGCACCAUAGCGUUUGUUCUCCCGGGUGGCUGGCUGUGAACAAGUUGCUGAGGCGGAACGGUUGUUAUUGCCGAAGCGGUGCACGUUUUAGCUACGAAUAUGGACUCUUUACUUAAUACUGCAUACUAUGCACGAUCCCUGCUAUCGAGCGAGGCAGCAUCGGCGGGGUCCGAGUUUUGCAUCGCGCAGAACGUCACAUAUGAGCACCGUGUGGAUAAUCCCGAGGGAUGGAACUGGUGCUUGACACCCGACGGCGGCUUCGACGCCGUCUUCUUUGCCGGGAUAGCCAUCGCAGUGAUGUGUUUGGCUUCUCCUCGAUGGGAUGCACUCAUCGUGUUGUUCUUUGGCGGGAUCUACUUCAGCUUCUCAUACUACUAUAACCUGGAGCAUGUCAGCAAUGCCGUGGCUCUGUGGCUGGGCAUGCGUCCAGCCGAUAUCUUCGUGUACGUGUUCCUGCCGCCCUUUUUAUUGGACUUAUCGGUGCGAAUCGAUUUCUUCAUGCUCAGAAAGAUGGCCUUCAACGUCGCCUUCAUGGCCUUCAUCAUGGUGGCCGCCUCCGCCCUCAUCCUCAUCCCCUUCAUGCUGUACGCCCUGGACCUGCAGUCCACCGGCUGGACGGCGGGCCACGUGGCACUGUUCGGCUCCAUGAUUGCCUCCACGGACGCCGCAUCGGUGUCGGCGGUGCUGAGGGGCGGCGGCGGCCCUGAGGUGCUGUCCGUGCUGCUGGAGGGCGAGUCGCUGCUGAACGACGCCUCCUCGCUGACCCUGUUUGAGAUCUUCAAGGAGGUGGUGUUGAACGCGGAGCAGGCCACGCUGGGCCACGACAUCAAGGGCAUCGUGGUGAUGACCAUCUGGUCGUCAUUCACCGGCGUCUGCAUCGGAAUCGCCAUGGGCAUUUUCACAAAGUGGAUCUACGCGUGGCUGCAGCACCGCAAUAUGGAGGCCACUGCGGAGGUGGCCUGGUCGGUGGCGGGGGCCUACCUCAGCUUCUACAUCACGCAGGUGUGGUGCCACGGCUCAGGCUGCAUCGGCGCCGUAGCGUUCGGGCUGUACGGCAGCGCGACGUUGCUUUGGGGCAUGAGCACGAAGGCGCGCCUGAGCGGCAUCUUCAACAUGUUUUGGGCGGUGCUGACUUUCAUCAUCAACGGCCUGAUCUUCUUCUAUGUCGGCGCAUCCGCCGUCAAUUUCACGAUACGCUCCACAAAGUACCUGUUCGACAACCACGAGGCCGGCGGCAACGGCAGCAUAGAUCUGGUUAAGAUCCUGCUGUACAAGCUGCCUCUCAUCUACCUGGCAUCCUUCACCCUGCGUUUCGUCCUCAUCUACUCCAGCUUCAAGCUGCUGCAGUACACGCGGCUGAGCGAGGGCAUGUCGCUGCAGGAGGUGGUGUUUGUGACGGUGGGCGGCCUGCGCGGCAGCCUGUCGCUGGUGCUGGCGCAGUCGGCCGCCACGCUGGCCUCCUCGGACAUUGAGGAACGCCGGGUGAAAGCGGAGAUUGCAAUCUACACGGCGGGCUACGUGAUCAUGACGUUGUUGAUUAAUGCGCCGCUGUGCGGGCCGCUGCUGACGCUGUUGGGGCUGGACAAGGUACGGCAGGAGCAGCUGGCGCUUCGCGGAGAGGUGAAGUUCCUGUUCCGCAAGUUCACCGCCACUGCCAUUGAGGACCUGGCGGCGGCUCAGGACGAGGAGGAGCUGCUGCAGGGGCUGGACUGGGCCAUGGUGAAGCACCACACCAACUUUGACAAGCCGCUCGACAAGGAGCUGCCGGAGGUCCAGCCCAGCGUGCGAUGGUUCAACUGCACCUGCCGCUCCUCCCUGUGGCUGCUGUCACUGCCGCUGCGGCUGUGGCGGCGCUGUCGGGCGGGUGGAGAUGCACUGGACCUGGACCAGCAGGACGCGAAGGCGGAGGCAGCCAGCAGGCAGAAGAAGGAGGAGGCGGACCUCAAGCGGGCCACAGCGUUCAACAUGCGGGAGAUCGCUCGCGCCGAGUCACGAGCCCCCGGCAGCGCGCCAGGUUCCAUGAGCCGUACAACCGCCGCUCUUAUCAUUCGCGACCAGCAGCCUUCCGGCACCUCCGGCCCUGUAACCGCAGUCGGGGGCGCCGGCACCUCCCGUCGCGGUCCCUCCGUGGCAGCGGGCCCCUCCAGCUUGCUGCUGCGCAGCGGUGCCCGUCGGGCAACCUUGGUCGUUAACGCGGGGCCUACAGCUGCGGUGGCAGCGGCCGCUGGCGCCGGGGCCGGCGGAGAGGGUGCGUUGGCUGCACGCACCCGCUCUUUUACCCGCAGCAACAGCAGCAGCAAGUUCCUAGAGGGUGCGGUCGCGGGCCCUGCGAUUGGACGUACUGCGGGGAUGGGCAUCUCCGCAGCGCCGGCUCCGGUUCCCACGCCGGCGGCAGAGGUGCUGACGCCGGCAGCUGCAGAGCCGCAAGUGAGGGCGCCGCCGGCGGAAGCGCCAGUGCGUGAGGAGGAUGGCGGCGACGGGCUGAGCGGUGGCAUGAUGCUGCCUACCCCGCCGACCUUGCCAUCAGCCAGGAGCGGUGGUGGUGUUAAGCUCCCGCUGGAGACAGAGGCGGUGGUUCUGACGGAGGCUCCCGCGCCAGGCAGCGGGGAUGCGGGUGCCACCGCUGCUGCUGCAAGCGCGGCGAGCGCCCCUUCCGAUGCAGCAAUGGGCAUGGCAACAGGUGACGUGCAGCAGCCCACUGAACAACUCCCAGCUGCAACAGCUCCCAGCUUCACAUCAGCCGGCGCACCCCUCGGCGAACCGCUGUCGUCACCCACCAUGUCGACUGCCGCGCUGCCCACCUCUCCAAUCAGGGCCCAGCCUGGCUCUCCCAACGCCGCUCCUCCCAGCCCCAAGCCUUGGCUUCCCUCGGCCAAGCCCAGCCCGCUGUCCCGAGGCCAGCCCAGCGCCAGCUACACACCUAGCAGCACCACGCUGCCCUCGGCAUUCACCAUGCAGCGCCCGCGGGCCAGCUCGACUGCCGUACCUGGUGGCAGGUUUGAGGGCUUGGGCAUGAAGCACUCGGCCAGCGGUGGCAACCUGGUUGCCUUGGCGGCUGCCGGCGCGGCGGCGGCGGGCGGCAGGCUUCCCUCCAGCGGGACCUUGAAGCAUUCCGCGAGCGGCGGGAAUUUGGUGGGUUUGCCGACGGCGGCUUCGCACCCGCCGGGAGGAAGCGGGGGCGGGGCGGCUCAUGCGCAGGAGGCGUCUGCGGCAGGCGAGCAGCAGGAUUACCUGCAGAGCUUGCUUGUCAUUCGGCCUGGUCAAGGCGGCCGCGCUCUGCCCACCGCAAGUGUGAGGCUGGUGCAGCGGCUGGGAGAUGACGGAAGCGCGCUGGAGGCCCUUCGAGCUGACGGCGGCCCCCCCGGGUCGCGGUCCUUGGGUCGGGGCUCCGUGCGUGUGGCGGGAGGCUCCAUGCAACAGCAGCAGCAGGCGUUUGCGGAUUUGGGCCAGAUUGGAUCCGACGGCACCGGGAGCCCUGUGCGGCAGGUGGACCGACCCCUGGGUCGCUCCUCCGUGACGGGUUCCGGAGCUGCUGGCAGCAGGGCGCUGGGCCGCAGCAGCGGGAUGUACGGCUCCCAGAAGUCGCUACAGCAGCCCUGGGAGCCUCCCUCGCUGUCUCCCACCGAGUUUGCGCUGCCCGAGGACGUCCCCGGCUGGACGUACCCCUACGCUGACACGCUGCGGGUCCGGGGGGAUACCGACGAUGGAGCUGGCGGUGGCGGUGGUGGUGGUGGUGGCGGCGGUGGCGGUGCUUUGGGUCGCUCAUCCGUUCGCCAUGGAGGCGGUGGUGGUGAGGGUGGUAAUGGUGGUGGCGGCAGCUUGGCUCGGCCCUCCGUACGGACCGGAGGCGCCCUGGGCCGUGCCUCAGUUAAACUGGGCCGUCAAGCAGGCUUGGCCGCCGCCUCCGUCCAGCUCGCUCGCAUCUACGACAACGACAGCACCCCCACAGCGGGCGCCGCUGCCGGCUCCGAUGCGCCCGGCGGCUUCCAGCUCACCCGGCCCGCCCCUGCCGCUUCCAUGGACACGCCCUCCGGUGCCUCCUUCUACGGCACCGGCCGCUCCACCGCCCUCUCCUCCACCGGCGGUGGUGCUGCCGGCGCCGUUGCGUCCAACCACAUCCUGUCGCAAGUCCAGCAACUGCAGCAGAAGGAGGCGUCUGCUGCUGCGGCUGCUUUGGCGAAGCAAUCGCAGGGCGGCGCGCUGCAUAACAAUUACUCCCUGGCGUCCAACAGCAAGGGGCCGCUGGCGUCGAUGCUGUUCCGGUCGUUCACGACAGGCGGAGCAAGUGCCGCGGGGGGUGGCGGCGGCGGGGGUGCGACAUCGGCACGAGAGGGCUCCGGACGGGGGAAUGAGAACUUGGCGCGGCGCACGCGAUUCGCGGAGACAACUGUCGCGGCGUUGGCUAGGGCCUCGGUGUCUCGAGCGCAGACGGCAACGGACAUGGAGGGCGGCUCCGGUGGCGUGUGCGCCCCACUGCUGGUGGAGUACCGCAUGCGGCUGCUGGCGGGGCUGAAGCAGUACUACCGACAGAAGCACGCGGCGGGAAGCCUCAGCUCAUCGUCAUUCAAGGUUCUGAGCUACGUUGCCGACCGCUCCGCUCAUGAGCCCGAGAAGCCGCUGACGCUCUGGAGCAUGGUGAAGAAGGAGGUCAGCAGCGGGCCGCUGCUGCAGGCGGAAGCCAACGUGUACUUCAGCCUCAAGCACUGGACCGCCAAGGCUAAAGCGUCCAGCAACGCUCUGGUUCGUUCCGUGGUGCCUCGGCUGCUGGUUCCCUUCGUGUGGGUGCUCAGCGGCCACAUCUCCGCCACCACCCUGCGCGGCCUAGAGACCGCAGUGGAACUGUGGGCCUCCCUCACGCAGAGCCUGCAAACCGAGUGGCUGCAGUACAGUGGGUUGUACGGCGAGCUGUUGUUGGAGGAGGUACAACACGAGGCGGAUGGCGCAUGGAGCUACAUCAUUGAGCGCCGGAUUGAGCAGCCGAACAAGUUUGGGGCCGUUCAGACGCACCGAGCGGUGAUUGACCUGUUGACGCAGCAGCAGGCGUUUGUACGGGAGAUGAAUGAGGGCGGCAUGAUUGACGAGUCCGAGUGCCGCAAGAUCGUGGAGCUGGUGGAGCGGCGGCUGCAGCUGCUGGCGCGGCGCGGCCCCCGCUGGCGGCAGCCCACUGUGAUGGAGAUCCUGACGGGCACCGCCUUCCUGCGCGGGGUGGCGCCGCGGGUGAUUGAGUGGAUCCGCAAGAACAGCUUCAUGCGGGUGUACGAGCAGGGCAAUGCCAUCUGGGACAUGGGCCGCAAGGCUGCCGGCGCGGAACCCGACGGCCUCAUCGUGGUGAUCCGGGGUGUCGUACGCAUCAUGGUGGAUCACGAAGGCACGCUGGUGCCGUACUACCUGGGGGCUGGCGGCGUGGGGGGCCUGGUGUCGUGUGUGCUUGAGGCGCAUGUGCCCGGCAUGAGCUCGGCGGCGGCGUACGCGGAGGGGAAUGCCAUGGGCAAGGGGCCGGUGGUGAUGCACAUUCCCUGGGCGGUGCUGCAGGUCCUCCGUCGCUUCAGUCGUGAGGAGGGUCUGGCCCCCUUCCAGGCGCUGGAGCUGCAGCUCUACCGCACCGCAGCGGUGUACGUGCUGGACCUGCUGAGGCCGCAGGUUACGCAGCGCUUCUCCGCCUUCAUCCGCUCCUCGCUGAUCACCAUCCUGUCUUCGCAGCGCCUGGACUCCCCCGCGGUCCGCAAGCAGCGCAUCCGGCUGCUGCUGCAGGAGGCGGCGCAGGAUCACCAUGUGGAUGGCGGCAUCGAUUGGAUCUCCGAGCUCCUGCAGCAAGACCCCUCCACCGCUCGCAGCCUGCUAGACCCCACCGCCCAAGCCCCCGCCACACCUCCCACCCACCACCACGGCCACCACCAAAGCCCCCACAGCCGUCACAGCCACCACAGCCCAAGCAACCCCGCAGUCGUCGCCGCCGCCACCGCAGCUGCUGCUGCUGCUGCCGCCGCCGCCGCCAAUCCCUACGACGCCGAAGCUGCCUCUCAGCUGCUGCUGCAGCAGCAGCGGCUGGCUUCCGCCGCAUGGGUUGAGGCGAUGUACAAGUCCAUCGCUGCGGCUACGAACUGGGUUAUGGAUGGGUUGAGGGGCUACCUGAAGCAAGGGGUGCUGGUGGUGCUGAACCCGGGUCAGGGCAUCGUGCAGCGGACCACCAUGAUGCUCAUGCAGGGUUCCCUGGAGCCCGCUCCCCUCCCUCCAGCCCGCAACAGCUUGGAUGCCACGCCCCCCUCCAACAACGGCCCCAACGGCCCCGCCGCCGCCUCCUCCGCCACUGGCGAUCGUCACGUCGCUCCCUCCGUUAUGGUUUGGAUCAGCGACUAUUUUGAGGGGCAGCUGGUGGAGCAGAGGGCGGCUGAGGUGUUUGCGGGGUCGCAAGGCGCCACACUGUUGGUGUGGGGAGUCAAGCCGGAGGAUUUGCUGCUGCCCGGGCCGCCGUUUGGGGUGGUUGACCGGG